CUUGAUUAAUUUCUAUAAGCGGAUUGCGGGCGCCAUUCAAGACACGAUACGUUCUGGCUUGAGGGGGAUCACCUACCAACAAGAUCAUGCUGAGGCGGGUUUCACUAACCAUCGUUUCAUAGUUACAGUUGUUGAUGAUCGUAUUCGGUUUGGUGGCGGCGGCGGCGGCCGUGCCGCUGGUGCCGGUGGAGCCCGAGGCGCCGGCGCACUACGAGUACUCCUACUCCGUGCAGGACUCGCACUCCGGCGACGUGAAGCAGCAGCAGGAGAGCCGCCAGGGCGACGCCGUGCACGGCUCCUACUCGCUGCUGCAGCCCGACGGCGUGCAGCGCAUCGUGGAGUACAGCGCCGACGAGCACAGCGGCUUCGUCGCCAACGUGCGCUACGAGGGACACCCGCAGCAGCCCGCCAAGAUCGCCUACGCCGCCCCUGUCGCUAAGAUCGCCUACGCCGCUCCCGUCGCCAAGAUCGCCUACGCCGCUCCCGUCGCCAAGGUGGCCUACUCCGCCCCCGUGCACUACGCGCCCGCCCCGCAGUACUACGCCGCCCCCGCCCCGCAGUACUACGCCGCCCCCGCCAAGCUGGUGGCGCCCGUCGCCAAGCUGGCGUACGCUCAGCCCGCCGCCGCCCACUUCACCUUCUCCUCGCCCGCCGUCUCCUACCACCACUGAGUCCGGACUGCACCGUCUGGAUCCCGAUGAGACACCAAUACCAAUGUUGAUAUUUAUUUAAAUGUUAGUAGGAUAAAUAAAUUAUUUUACAAUUUAAAAUAUA